AUGAUUCUACAACGCUUAGCCGACCUUAAUGAGGUGGAGAAUAAUAAAGUACCCAAUAAUGACUCCCGUAGGAUUGACAACGACGCUGAGCUUAGUCAAAUAGGGGGUCAACAGAGAAGCCAUCACCAUCGGUCUCUUGAACGGAAUAAUACCAGGCUCCGUGCAGGUACCUCUGGUUGUGUAGAAGAGGUGGACGACAAGGUUGCCCUCACAGCCUUUAUUGGAGGACUACAGACUUCUAAGUUCCUAUUUUCCUUAUCAAAAGAAGCCCCUACAAGCAUGACAGAGUUGAUGGUUAGAGCAUGGAAGCACAUGAACGCUGAGGAUGCUAUGAAUGCACGAAAAAACAAAGAUGGUGAAGAUAAGAGGUCGGAGAAAAAGAGGCAAGCACCUAACACUAGGGAGGAAAAGGAAUCGAAGUACAAGAAAUUCUCAAACAACCAGGCUGACAAAUCGUCUCGCCGCCCAAUUCAAGAUGACGCAUCAUUGAAAUGGCCGCCAAAGCUAAAAGCUGAUCCAACAAAGAGGUCUCUAGGUAAAUACUGUAGGUUUUACCGGAACCAUGGACAUAACACAGAAGAUUGUUUAGACCUCAAAAACCAGAUCGAGAACCUUGUUCGUAAAGGUCAUUUACGCAAAUUCACAACUAGAAAUGGAAAAGGAGGCUCCAACCCAGCCCGGGAGGGCCGAGAUGACCGCCCUCCUCAACACCAACCAAUGGGUGAGAUCAAAGUUAUAUCGGGUGGCUUCGCUGGUGGUGGUGAGACAAGUUCGGCUCGGAAGGCUCAUGCUAGGAGAAUUCGGAGUUUUUCAGAGGUGAAUGAAGUUGGAAUGACAAGUCCUCCAACAAAAUUACCUCGAGUUGAGGAGCCGGUCAUAACCUUUUCUGAAGAAGAUGACAAGGGAAUUCACCAGCCCCAUGAUGACCCUCUGGUAAUUUCCAUGGUCGUUGCUAAUUUCACUGUUCGACGAAUACUGAUAGACAAUGGUAGCUCGGCUGACAUACUAUUUCUUAGGGCGUACGAGAAAUUGAAAAUUGGCCGAAAGAAGUUCUGA